ACCAGAUGCAGUCUGGAUUAGAGCAGAACCUUAGCCAGAUCUCUUACGUGAAGCCGGAAGUGUGACUUAAUGCAUCGAUUGCAAUCAGGAGCCGAGACAUGAUGAAGGUCGCCUGAAAAAGCAGUUAGUUUGUGGCUCAUAUGACGUGAAGCAACGUCCGGUAAAGGAUAGCAAAUUUGCAGUGAAUGUUACUGUCAUGCCGAUUUUGAUGAACUUUGAAUUUAAUGAAAACACUAAUUCUCUUGAUGCAAAUAUGUUACUUGCUAUGGAAUGGGUCGAUGAAUAUUUGUCUUGGGACCCAAAGGACUUCAGUAACAUUACCGCCAUACCGAUUAAAUCGGAUCAGCUAUGGGUACCGGAUGUUCAGCUAUAUUCCUCGGUCACCAAAUUCGAUAUCAAAAUAAGCUGUACCAAUCCUAGCUGCUAUGUGAAGUCUGAUGGUAGUAUCGUUGCAAUUCCAUCGUGUGACUUUAGUGCCCGAUGCGAAGCAGAUUAUUCCAACUGGCCAUUGGAUUCGCAAAAGUGCCAGCUACUGUAUGGCGCCUGGAUGGAACAUGCCGGUGAGGUCGAUUACCAUACGCGCUUUGCUAGCGUUGGAUCCGUACAAUCAAAUCAAAACACUCAGUGGCAAGUGGUAUCUUCAAAACAUUCGAGAAAUGCGACAAUACACAACAAUGUGACGUAUCCUACGCUGGUAUACGAUUAUAUUCUCGAGCGACAUUCUAGCUUCCAUGUGGUGGGAAUGUUGACGCCCAUUUUUCUAUUGAUAAUUUUGAAUCUCUUCCUUACGUGGCUGGACACGGAUUGUCUUGAAAGAAAGCUACUUCUAGCUAUUUCCAUUAUCUGUCAUUUCUAUUUCUUGGUAUUCCUUCAAUGGGUGGUCCCCAAAAACGGAGAUACUGUUCCUGGAAUAUUGCUUUUCUACCGUAAUUCCGUGGUGGUAACGGGUAUCCUCAUCAUACACACCUUGAUAGGCUCAGCAUUGAAGCGGCUGGAAAGAACUCCUCCGAAUAUGGUUACGCUGGCAGCAGGAACGGUCAUCAAACAUAAGAUUGGGGAAUUGAUUUUGGCAGGAGACUAUAUGACUGUUGAAUAUAAGAAAUCUGAAACUUCACAAACCAAAUCAUCUGAGCUUACCGAUAACAAUGAGACGUGGACUUCAUUCAGCCGAAUUUUGGAUCGAGUUCUGUUUCUAGUCUUCUUCGCAGCAUAUGUAGUAUCAUUUGGAAUGUACAUUCCACUUAAAUAUACUUCGCGAUUUGGCGAGUAUGAUUUGACUGUCUUAUCCUAUGAAGACAUUAAUCAUUUUAAUUAGGUUAUCUCCAACAAAGGCACCUUACUAUAUUCGCAACACGUGGCUUGC